GUUGCAGGAUGAAAAAUGAUGAUUCGGAAAUAGAUAAUACGGGUAACGAAGACAGUGACGACAGCGCUGAUGUACAAGAACAACUAUCUAAAUUUCGGAAACAAAUAAAUAAGGGGCGGUGGAGUAAAGAAGAGGAUGCCAGGUUGAAACAACUGGUAGAAACUCUCGGCGAACGGUGGGACCUGAUUUCAAACCAAUUCCCUGACAGAUCGGAUGUACAGUGCCAGCAGAGGUGGACGAAAGUCGUCAAUCCGGAGUUAGUAAAAGGGCCAUGGACCAAAGAGGAAGACGAAAAGGUGAUAGAAUUAGUCGCAAGGUACGGGGCGAAAAAGUGGACGCUAAUAGCGAGGCAUCUAAAGGGCAGGAUAGGGAAGCAAUGCAGGGAGAGGUGGCAUAACCACCUCAAUCCCAAAAUCAAAAAGAGCGCUUGGACGGAACAGGAGGAUGAAAUCAUAUACCAGGCGCAUCAGAAAUUGGGCAACCAAUGGGCGAGAAUCGCUAAAUUGUUGCCAGGUAGGACAGACAAUGCUAUUAAGAACCACUGGAACUCAACGAUGAGAAGAAAGUAUGAGCAUGACAGGGAAAACGGAGAAAGACGCAGCAGGCCGAGGAAAAAUCAAAGACAGAGCACCAGUACAAACAUUUACUCCAGCAGUUAUCCCAACGUGAGCCAUACGGAAUCUACCAACGGCCAUUCGUUGCGAAGAGGAUACAGCGAGGAUUGGGCAGUGGAGAUGUACGAUCAAGCAAGCAGCCAAUCUAGCACGGGCGGCUUCUCGAUGGGCGGGCCCAGUCCGGGCCCGUUGACUCCCAAUUCUCAACAAAUGGGCGGAAACAGCAGUUCGUACGACAGGGUUGCUCCAUCGCCCAGUGGGCAAGACUCGAAAACGUUCCCGCCCUAUGGUGGUCGUGGAUACCCAAUGCAGCCGUCACCUGUCAAACUCACGCCUAUGGAUGAUGCAACGUCUGAUUUCGACAUGGGAUUCUACAAUUCGCCCGGUAUCAGUCCGCUGAAGGUUAAUAGCCGGCAGUUUAUCAAAGCGAGAGUGGUGCCACCUUCCUGCUCUCAGAACGCAUUAGUACCUGUAGUGAACGCCUUGAGCUUAGGUCGUUCCGCCACCCCGUUGAUCCUUCGACGAAGUGGCAAAACUCGUCGACGGCGAGAGAGUAACGAGGCAGAUGAAGCUAAAGCAAGUGGUGGAAGCUCAGAAAGCAUUGAGGUUCCAGAACCAUCCCAUUCGGAACUGUCCAUGCCCAGCACGAGCGCAGUCCACGAAAAACUGGAAGAUAUAGACUACAUUCUGGAGGCGGGCAAACCAACCUUCAGCCCUAUGCGUCACAACGGUACUACACCUGCCAAACAACUGCCAUUCAGCCCUUCACAAUUCCUCAACAGUCCCAACAUCACGUUCGACGUUAGUCUCAGCUCAACGCCUAUGAGGAAAGAUGAGGUUGAGACUCCUACAAAGGAUAGGUCGAGGAUGGACCACGACUACAGCCCUCUAAGCACCCCACGCGGCAUCCCGAUCAUCCAGCAGCCAGUCCAGGUGCCUUCCUCCUCCUCGGAGACGGUCUCCACUCCCAGGCAACGACUGUUUCAUGCGACGGGCGACACCCCUCGUACUCCCACUCCCUUCAAAAAGGCGCUGGCCGACCUGGAGAAACGAUCAGGCCCCAUCGCCUGCUUACCAGACACUCCUUCGUCCAGGCUGGAAGACAUCACGGAGAUCAUGCGCAAGGACCAGGAUACUUCGCAUUGCGAUAGCGAUACCAGCACUAUGGUCAAUAGUGAUAGUGGAUAUUUAACUGGUAAACGGAAGGCGAGUCCUUCGUCAGCUGCGGCAGGUAAAGAGAACGUUCUGCCGAACAAGAAGGUGCGCAAAGCACUUGCACCCUCUUGGACUUCAACGUCAUCUCACUUGAGCUCGUCGGAUAUCUCAUUCGCCGUGGAGACACCGAGUAAAUCCCUGGGCAACGAUACCUCGAUAUUAUUCUCUACGCCUUCGUCGAUAAUGAAAGACGUAGGCGUAACAGGCUUAAUGGAUUAUCCAUCGCAAGCAGGCUCCAAGCAGCCGCGGCCCGAGUCGCAUCAGUCGUCCAUUGCUCGCCGCCCCACUGCUGCUCCAGGCUCUGGUUCCAGCUCCGGUGGUCAUCGCAGUUCCGCCGCCAAACGCAUCACAUUCGAGGACCAGAUUGGCGGGAACGGUGCUGGAGCUCAGCAGGUGCCGACCACGCCAAAGCUGGAUCCUAUGUGGGUGAUGGUGGCCUGCGGCCGCACUCCAGACCAGAUUGAGAUGACAGAGAGGGCGCGGAAUUUUUUGAAAACCAACGGCUUGAAACCGCGCUCUCUCGAUUUCUGAACAUCUUGGUGUAAAUAAAGUAAUGCGUGUUUUGUGGGAUUUCAAAGAUAUAAUAUAAUUAGUGCAAAGAUAAAUGUAUAAAUAUAGUGAACGAUAAUUUUAUCGUAUUCAGGGAAUUAUGAAAAAGUUUGGCAAAGAUAAUUGUAAUUAUACAGCAAUGUAAAGGUUUGUCAAUUGACGUAUGUCUUUUAAUUUUAACGAGCAAAGAUGCUGGAUAUUUUUAGAAGUUGUAUCAGGUAUGGCAUAUUUAGUUUAAUACAGGUUUUUUAUUAUUACGCAUUUUAAACGUGACGUUAUAGAAUAUGUGGACAAUCUGUCAGUUUCAUAAAGAACACAAAAAACAGAAUUCCUAAAUGCUAUAUGCAAAGUGGGUGAUGGGGUCCGUCAAAUCGAUCCCUGCAUGUGAUGUGGCAGAUAUGUGAAAUAACUCUAGAUUGAUGUGUGUUAAAUUGCUGUAUUUCAUACAAUUCCACACUAAAUGCGUUAAAUAUUUUCAUGUAAAAUCGAUCAAAUUCUCGAAAUGGAUCACAAUACAUGCUGCAUUGUAAACUGUGAGAACAAUGGGAAAAACGUACGAGCAAAUUUUAUUCGGUUUCUACUGCAACAUGGAAGUUAGAACAGAGAAAUAGAUGAAGAUAGCUUCUGUAAAGAGGAAAAAAGUAAGCAACGUUGUAGGCUAUUAGUAAAUAAAUUUUAUUUUUACUAUACUGCAAAAGUCAUAAAAAAUAAACAGAAUAAUAAAUAUGGGCUGACGUAAAGCUAUCUCAAAAAUACAAUUUCAUUAAGUAGUGCUGUUUUGUAGAGAGUCUGUCACAGAUACACGUCUUAUAAUAAAAGUUCUUAUUAAGUAGCUUUGUCUGUUCAUCCUAAACUCUUCAAAGUAUCUCACAUGCUGUGCUAAUACUAGUUUCUUCCCUUUGGCAUAGGUUGAGGUUGGAACUUUGAAUCUUUGCAAAUUACUUACAUAGUACUUUCAUUUAAUUUUAUAUCUUUUAGAUGAAGAGCAAAAAAAAUGUUCUAUCUAAUUGCUGAACAUUGACAGUCCCCGAGUAAAGAAUAAUUAUGGUCACUAGGCGGCGGUAUCAACCGGCACAUAGCGAAUAGAAAAAGUACCUAUGGAUGCUCCUAUAGAUAUAUAGGCUCCUAAAGCAUGUCAUUGCACGGAUAAUAUCUCGUUCAUAGAUAUCUGUUCAUGUGGUGCAAAUGCUGCAGGCAUAAAGUGCUGCCGCUUUGGGGCUGCAUUUUUAGGGGAAUUCUGCUUGCAUAUGUUUUACAUAAAUAAUAUUUGUGUAGAAAUCCUAAAAAUAGUCCAUAAAUGACUCAUUACCAAGAUACAGGGUGUUGUAACUUUAUGCUAAUAAGGAUAAAACAUGAAUAUUGUUCAAAUAAUGCUAUGGCGAGAGAGGAUUGCCCUACAUUAAAUGUUCAUUGUUAGUCUUCGCCAACUUCAUCGUAUUUUCACAGUAGCAUCGGUUGUACCGUUACUCUCCAAAAGUGAUCUGACAGAAAGAGGAGCAGUUCAUGUACAAUUGAAUAACCUGUAUCUCCAUAAGGAGGCAUUUUGCCACCCAUGUUUAUAUCAACGUGUAGUCUUAUUUUUUGAUAAAGUGCAUCCCUAGAAAUAUUGUCACUGCUGAAUCACCCUGUAUAUGUAUGGGAAAGAUUGCACACAUAUUCUAUUGCACCAAAUAUUUUGAAUUAAUCCUUUAUUCUUAUCAUGCCCGAAGAAUGGUUUUCAAUUAUCAGAGAUGUAUCUCAAGCUGUAGCUUGAAAUAAUUAUGCAUUCAUAGAAUAAUAGUUUUUAAAUAGCCAUUGUCAAACCUUAUGUUGUUGGAACAAUAUUCUGUAAUUUUAGCAUUCUGAAACUGACGAUAAAAAAAGAUAUUUUAAAUAUUGUUCUGGUGAUACUUGCCAUAUAAGAAGGCAUCUAUUAAUUACGUGAGGCAUUUUUAACGAUUUUUGAUCCCCCUUCCCCACUAGUGAGAUGGGGCUUGACUGUCCUCCGCGUGAGUUUGGUCGACAGUUCGACCUCCUCACCAGUUGAACAUCUCACGUAAUUAAUGGAGCCACUUAGGUAAAUCUAUGAUUUUAUAUGGGAUAAAGAAUUUUAGCAGACGGUUUCAAAGCCAUUCCAAUCUUUGUGAUACAUGUUGAAAAUGGAUUGUAUUCAGACUUUUUUUUGUUCAUUUUGGAUUGUGCAUGUUGUUUGCUGUUUCUUGAUUGUAACUUGUGGUUUGUCUUGAAAAGCAUGUCUGGUCAAUCAAUUUUCAUUUAUGUUACAUUUUGAAUUUAUUAAGCAUCAAACUUUUUUGUAAUUGAUUUCUGUUCUGACAAACUAUUUUUGCACAAUGUGUAUAGUACUAGUCUAUAGUAGGAGGUUUAUGUCCUAGAUUGUCAUAAGUUGAUUUCAUCCAUAUUAUAAUAUAAAGAGUGUACAAAAAAGUAAUGGUAUCUUAAGAAAAUGUUAUAUGUAUUUGUUCUGUAUUUUGUAUGAACUGUUCAAUUUAAUGAACGGCUAGCUUCUAAAGCUGAAGAAAUUUUUGUAUUAAAUUCGAAAGUAACUUUUAGAUUAUUUAUUUGCUAUUGCAAAAUAAAGAUUCGAU